CAAGCCGGGGGACCGGUUUGUGGAAGGACCGAGUUCCGGUAGGAGCGAACAUGGCGGCGGCAGCAGGAAGACGACGGGUGAUGGCUGCUGUCGGCCGCUUGUUGUCCCGUGGCGAAGGGCCGACGCCGAUAGGUGGAGAUGGGCAUUGUGUCUGUCACAAGUCUACAUAUACUGCUCUUGCCAAUGACUAUAAUUGUAAAGUUGACCUUGCGAUCACAUCAGAUGGGCGAACAAUAGUUUGUUACCACCCGUCAGUGGACAUCCCAUACGAACACACCAAGCCUAUUACACGACCUUCCCCUGCAGAGAACAAGGAGGAGACCCAUGACCAGGUACUGAAGGCCAGGUUGGAUAAGGAAGUGCUGCGUGAUAAACAGGCCCCUACAAUUGAAGAGCUCAGUAAAAUGUUCUAUACAACAAAACACCGCUGGUAUCCAAUUGGGCAGUACCACAAGCGGAGGAUUAAACCCAAUCCCCCAAAAGACAGAUGAUACACUUUGAUCUCUGGAAUUGUAUGUGCUACUGUUGUAUCAUAUUGGACCAGAAAAGGUUUCAGCACCAGCUAUCAGUUUAUGGUUUCAAUUAUGAUAUUUUGUGAUGUUUGGACAAGUAGAAAAACAGUCUCGCUAGCAGGACUGAAGUCCCUUACAAACAAAGGAAUGUAAAGACCUGGUUUGUCAUAUGAUGAAUUAUUGUCAUCAAUUCUCUGUGUUAACGCUAUAAAAUGUUAAAAUUA